AUGCAGCAGAUAAUGGAAUACACCUACACGUACUCUUCUGCAUUCGACUUCAUCCUGAAAAACUUCCAGGAGGUUGCCAUCACCUCAAACGAGUUCCCAGAACUCACCCUGGAACAACUUUCUGACAUCAUAGAGCAGGAUGAGCUGAAUGUCAGACAAGAGGAUGCGGUGUUUGACGGCAUCAUCCGGUGGAUCGAGCACGAGCCUGCCACCCGAGAGGCCCACAUUUCAGUCCUAUUGCCCAAGAUUCGGAUGGCUCGUAUGGAUCCGGAAUACUUCAUGAAAAUCGUCAAAGCCAACGAUCUAGUGAAGGCCAAUGUGGCGUGCAGGCCAAUCAUCACUGAUGUACUGAAGGUCAUCUAUGAUCUUCAUGAUGAACGUCCACGAUCUGAUUUUGAGAACCCACUGAUCCGCCCGCGCUUGCCCUCUGACAUUUUGCUGGCUGUUGGUGGAUGGAACAUGCGCACGACAAACUGGAUUGAAGCCUAUGACACCCGGGCCGACCGCUGGGUGGAUAUAACACAGGGGCAGGAGACUCGCCAGUCCGGCCAUGGCAGUGUGUGUUUAAAUGGCUUCAUGUAUUGUUUUGGGGGUUAUGAUGGCCAUAAUUUCACCGAUGCUGUGCUCAGAUUUGACCCCGUCGCACGGACAUGGCAGCACAUGGCCCCUAUGCACUGGCGCCGCUGUUGUGUCAGUGUGGCCGUAAGUAACGGCUUCAUCUAUGUGAUGGGUGGCCGUUUAGACGUGUCGCCUCUGAAUAUCGUAGAGCGAUAUGACCCAAAUGCCAAUGAGUGGACCAUCAUCCAGCCCAUGAACGAGGAGCGACAGGAUGCCAGUGCCACCACCCUGAAUGGAAAGAUAUACAUUUGUGGGGGUAGCAAUGGAGCUCAGACCACUUCCACUGCGGAGUGCUAUGAUCCACUCACGGGCGAAUGGACCUUGAUCGUGGGCGGUACCAACGGGGCUCAUCCAGUGCGGACUAUGGAGGUCUAUGACCCUGCAAUUAACCAGUGGCACGCUGGGCCUCCCAUGAGACAACAAAGAAGCUAUUUCGGCAUCGCAGUGGUGGACGGCUUGCUGUUUGCGAUGGGAGGCUCCGAUGGCUUCAAAAACCCACUGAUCCGCCCGCGCUUGCCCUCUGACAUUUUGCUGUCUGUUGGUGGAUGGAACAUGCACACGACAAACUGCAUCGACGCAUAUGACACACGGGCCGACCGCUGGGUGGAUAUCACGCAGGAGGAGCAGAGCAACCUAGCUGGUCAUGGCACGGUGUACCAUGAUGGGUUUGUGUACUGCAUUGGGGGGUUUGAUGGGCAAAACUUUAUCGAUACCGUGCGCAGAUACGACCCGAUCACACGAGCAUGGCAGCAGAUGGCCCCAAUACACUGGCAGCGCUGUAAUGUUAGUGUGGUCAUGCUCGAUGGGCUCAUCUAUGCCAUGGGUGGCCAUAUUGGUUUCUGGCCCCUCGACAUCGUAGAGUGCUACAACCCAAAAACCAAUGAAUGGACCCAGAUCGAGUCCAUGAAUGAGAGGAGAAACGAUGCCAGCGCCACCACCCUGAAUGGCAAGCCUUGGAGUCACGGCGUAUAA